AACUAAAAGCUCGUCUGCAAAUUUCCCGCUCACCUUGCUUGCUUCUCUUCCAUGACAAUUCUCCCUUCUCCUCUAUUUCGUUAGGGUUUCACCUGAACUCCCAGCAUUCCCCGACCAUCCUCCGCAAUGGUUUCCGCGAAGCAGCUACUCUCCACUAUCGAAGUCACUCUGCUCGCUCCUUCGCCUCCGUCACCGGCUCAGAGGAUCGAACUCCUCCAUGCCAUACGCGCAUCUCUGCCUUCCUUGAAGUCCCUCCUCAACUAUCCUCCUCCGAAGCAGUCUGACCGUGCGCAAGUUCAGUCCAAGGAAGUUAGGCUGCCGGAUUCACCACCAAUUUCACUAGAUGACCAGGACGUGCAAAUUGCCUUGAAGUUGAGUGAUGAUCUCCAUUUGAAUGAGAUAGACGCUGUUCAAUUGAUUGUAUCUGCCAAUCAAGAGUGGGGUUUGAUUGGACGAGAGCCAUCAGAAAUAUUUCGCCUUGCAGCUGGACUUUGGUAUACUGAGAGACGAGAUCUACUAACAGCACUCUAUACACUGUUUAGGGCUGUUGUUCUUGAUCAGGGUCUUCCAGCAGAACUUCUGUCGGAGAUUCAAAAACAUUUAGAAGAUCUGAUCAAUGGUGGUCUUAGGCAGCGGUUGAUUUCUCUAAUAAAGGAACUUAAUCGUGAAGAACCAGCUGGUUUAGGUGGACCUCUCAGUGAGCCAUAUGUUCUUGAUUCUAGAGGUGCCCUUGUUGAGCGGCGAUCGGUUGUUUGUAGGGAGAGGCUGGUCCUGGGACACUGCCUUGUCCUUUCACUUCUGGUCGUUAGGAUAGGUUCAAAAGAUGUCAAGGAUAUCUUUCAGAUUUAUAAAGAUAGCACUGUUGAACUUACAGAGGACAGUAGCACAUUGAAACGCCAGAUAUCAUUCAGUCUUUUCUUCAGCCUUGUCAUUGCAUUUGUAUCAGAUGCCCUUAGUGCAGUCUCUGAAAUGGCACCAGUUCUGGCUCGUGAUGCCACAUUUAGGAAAGAAUUUCAUGAAACAGUGAUGUCCUCAGGCAGUGAUCUAAAGAUGGAGGGCUUUAUAGGGGGUGUACGGCUUGCAUGGUCUGUGCAUUUGAUGUUAGUGCUUGAUGGGAGUUCUCAGAAGGAGGGAGCUUCAGUUCAUUCAUCAAAUGAUUUAGGAUAUCUGAAUUCGUGCAUGGACUCUAUUUUCGCAAACAAUGUUUUCCAGUUCUUAACUGAAAACAUCCUUCGAACUGCAGCCUACCAGAAUGAUGACGAGGAUGUGGUUUAUAUGUACAAUGCAUACCUCCACAAGCUGAUCACUUGUUUCUUAUCGCAUCCUCUUGCCAGGGACAAGGUCAAAGAGUCAAAGGACAAAGCAAUGAGUUUGCUUAAUUCAUAUCGUGUGGCUGCCUCACAUGGUUUGUCACAUGAUGGGAGCUAUCUGUCUCAAGCAUCCAUUGAAUCUAGGAAUGUGCCAUUUGUAUCUCUGCUGGAGCUUGUCAGUGAAAUAUAUCAGAAGGAGCCAGAGCUGUUGUCUGGUAAUGACGUGAUAUGGACAUUUGUGAAUUUUGCUGGAGAGGAUCAUUCUAAUUUUCAAACACUAGUGGCUUUCUUGAAUAUGCUUGGUACUUUGGCGUCAAGUCAUGAAGGCGCUGCAAAAGUUUACGAGCUACUUCAAGGCAAAGCAUUCCGCUCUGUUGGGUGGAGCACUUUGUUUGAUUCCUUGACUAUAUAUGAUGAGAAGUUCAAGCAAACCCUUCAGACUGCUGGAGCUAUGUUACCAGAAUUUCCAGAGGGAGAUGCUAAAGCACUUGUUGCAUAUUUGAAUGUUCUUCAGAAGGUUAUAGAACAUGGACCUCCCACUGAAAGAAAGGACUGGUUUCCUGAGAUUGAACCACUAUUCAAGCUCCUCAGUUAUGAAAAUGUGCCACCGUAUUUGAAGGGUGCUCUGCGAGAUGCCAUCACGACUUUUGUACGUGUGUCUCCUGUCUUAAAAGAUUCUAUAUGGCGUUACCUGGAGCAGUAUGAUUUACCAGUGGUUCUAGGCGGGAAUAGUGGAACGGGAGCACAGGUUUGUCUUGGUCAGGUUUAUGACAUGCAAUAUGAACUGAACGAGGUGGAAGCGAGGAGAGAAAGAUAUCCUUCAACUAUUUCAUUCCUUAACCUGCUAAAUACUCUUAUUGCCGAGGAAAAGGAUGCAACUGAUAGAGGGAGAAGAUUCAUAGGCAUCUUUCGGUUCAUAUAUGAUCAUGUAUUUGGACCAUUCCCUCUCAGAGCAUAUGCAGAUCCUCUAGAAAAAUGGCAAUUGGUGGUUGCGUGCCUACAGCAUUUCCAUAUGAUGCUGAGCAUGUAUGAUAUUCAAGAUGAUGACAUUGAUAGUGUUGUUAGUCAGUCUCAGCUAUCGACAGUAGCACAAGUGUCUCAGCUACAGAUGCAGCUUCCUGUCUUGGAGUUGCUGAAGGAUUUCAUGAGUGGCAAGACUGUUUUCCGAAACAUCAUGGGCAUCCUUAUGCCAGGAGUCAACUCAAUCAUCAGUGAACGGACUAGUCAAAUACAUGGACAACUCGUGGAAAAAGCUGUCCGAUUAUCUUUAGAAAUUAUAAUUCUCAUCUUGGAAAGGGACUUGCUUGUUUCUGAUUACUGGCGUCCACUGUACCAGCCUUUGGAUAUUAUACUAUCCCAAGAUCACAAUCAAAUCAUUACACUGCUCGAGUAUGUCAGAUAUGAUUUUCUUCCACAAAUUCAACAGUGCUCUAUAAAGAUAAUGAGUAUUAUUAGUUCUCGAAUGGUAGGGCUUGUGCAACUACUGUUAAAGUCCAAUGCAGCAGCUUCUUUGGCCGAGGAUUAUGCAGCUUGCCUUGAGUUACGGUCUGAAGAGUGCCAGCUAAUAGAAAACAGUGCCGAUGAUCCUGGGGUCCUUAUAAUGCAGCUUUUGAUAGAUAAUAUUGGUCGGCCUGCUCCAAAUAUCACACAUCUGCUUCUUAAGUUUGAUGUUGAUGGCUCAGUUGAACGGACAGCUCUUCAACCAAAGUUUCACUACAGUUGCUUGAAGGUUACUCUUGAAAUCUUGGAGAAUCUAGCGAAGCCAGAAAUAAAUGCUUUACUUCAUGAAUUUGGUUUCCAGCUGCUUUAUGAGUUGUGUUCAGAUGCAUUAACAUGCGGGCCUGUUAUGGAUUUGCUCAGCAACAAAAAGUAUCAGUUCUUUAUUCAGCACCUGGAUACGAUUGGGGUUGCUCCGCUGCCAAAACGAAAUAACAGCCAGCCACUACGCAUCAGCUCUCUCCACCAGAGAGCUUGGCUGUUGAAGCUUCUAGCCAUAGAAUUGCAUUCUGGUUAUUUGGAUGUCCACAGUCAUCGAGAAGCAUGUCAGAGCAUACUAGCUCAUAUUUUUGGGGGAGACAUGAUUGAGAUCGGGGCUGAUCAUACCACUUUUGACUCCUUUCUCCGCGGUGGGAUUGAACAUAGUGGAAACCAGACAAUGAGCAAGAGUAAGUUGUUGGAGUUGCUUGAGGUCAUUCAGUUCCGGUCUCCAGAUGCUACGGUGAGGCUUUCACAAGUUAUUUCUAAUGCGAAGUAUGCUUUACUGGCAGAGGACAUACUAGGAGAUCCAACAACUUCUGUGAAAGGUGGGGUCUACUAUUAUUCUGAGCGUGGUGAUCGUCUUAUUGACUUGGCCUCCUUCCGAGACAAGCUCUGGCUGAAAUUCAAUGCUGCAUACCCCCAUUUGGGUAACCUUGGUAAUGAAGCUGAGUUUGAGGAUGUAAGAGAGACAAUCCAACAUUUGCUGAGGUGGGGAUGGAAGUACAAUAAAAACCUUGAGGAACAAGCUGCACAACUGCACAUGUUAACUGGGUGGUCACAUGUUGUUGAGGUCUCUGCCUCCAGACGAAUAUCCACCCUUGAAAACCGUUCUGAAAUUUUGUACCAGGUUCUUGAUGCCUCUCUGACUGCAUCUGCUUCUCCAGACUGUUCAUUGAAGAUGGCAUUUGUGCUAAGUCAGGUUGCACUUACAUGCAUGGCUAAACUACGCGACGAAAGAUUUCUCUGCCCUGGUGGCUUGAAUUCUGAUAGUAUCACAUGUCUGGAUAUCAUUAUGGUAAAACAACUGCCGAAUGGUGCUUGUCACUCCAUUUUGCACAAGCUAAUCAUGGCUGUGAUGAGAAACGAGUCAUCAGAAGCCUUGCGGAGACGCCAAUAUGCGUUACUUCUUAGCUAUUUCCAGUACUGUCAGCAUACACUUGAUCCUGAUGUUCCGACUACAGUUCUCCAAUUCUUGUUGCUGGAGGAGCAGGAUAAUGAAGAUCUGGAUCUUCAGAAGAUUGACAGAGAGCAGGCUGAGCUGUCCCGUAUUAAUUUCACACUAAUAAGGAAAGAAGGUCAGGCCAUCUUAGAUUUGAUAAUAAAGGAUGCAUCUCAAGGCAGUGAACCUGGGAAAACUAUAGCGCUUUAUGUGCUGGAUGCAUUGAUUUGUAUUGAUCAUGAGAGAUAUUUCUUUAGUCAAUUUCAAAGCAGGGGAUUCUUAAGGUCUUGCUUUAUGAACAUUAGCAACACUUGCCAUCAGGAUGGGGGGCAUUCACUAGAUUCAUUGCAGCGAGCAUGCACACUCGAGGCUGAACUUGCACUGCUACUGAGAAUUAGCCACAAGUAUGGGAAGACUGGCUCCCAAGUGCUAUUUUCUAUGGGUGCUUUAGAGCACAUUGCUUCAUGCAGGACAGUUACCCUGCAGGUGACAGGUAGCUUGAGGAGGUUUGAUCCUAAGAGUAGACGAAACGUUGCAGUUGACAUUGACAGACAAAGAAUGAUAGUGACGCCUAUUUUGAGAUUGGUGUUCUCAUUAACAUCACUGAUCGAUACAGUGGACAUCUUUGAGGUUAAGAACAAAAUUGUACGGGAAGUUAUAGAUUUUGUGAAAGGACACCAACUGCUCUUCGAUCAAAUUCUUCAUGUAGACAUUUAUGAUGCUGAUGAGUUGACAAUAGAGCAGGUCAAUCUUGCGGUUGGUAUACUAAGCAAGGUGUGGCCUUAUGAAGAGAGCAAUGAGUUUGGUUUUGUUCAAGGUCUUUUCAGUAUGAUGUGUGUUCUUUUUUCACGUGAGGUGGAGUCCAAUACUACAGGAAGAUCAGUUAAGUUGUCUGAGAACCGGAGGAAGUUGGAAUUGAACUCCUUAUACUUGCGUUUCAGUCUUAGUUCUUAUUUAUAUUUCCUGGUUAUAAAGAGGUCCCUAAGACUUCAGGUAUCAGACAACGUUGACUACCAAUCUUCUGCUAGCGUCCAUCAGCCGACGUUAAGACUGCUUGGUUCGCUUCUCAGCUUUGUGGCAACUUCGCUUGAGAAAGCGGCUGAUGAGAAGUCACAGUUGCUUAAUAAGAUUCGGGAUGUAAACGAGCUGUCCAGACAGGAAGUGGAUGACAUCAUCAACAUGUGUGUUCGGCAAGAAACUGUAUCACCUUCUGAUGGUAUACAGAAAAGGAGAUACAUUGCAAUGGUGGAGAUGUGCCAACUGGCUGGAAACAGAGAUCAGUCUAUAAGAUUGUUACUUCCACUUGCAGAACAAGUGCUAAACGUCAUUCUUGUUCAUUUACAAGACAGCUCUUCGGCAUCUGAAACUGCUAGUGCUCCAAAAACAAUUACAUAUGGCACCACCAAAGGCGAUUAUGUUGUUAAUGACGUGUCUUCGUUAUGUGGUCAUUUGGUGUCGACUCUAGAACGGCUUGAGCUGCUGAACGAGGAUAAAGUAGGGCACAACUUGAAGGUGUUCAGGAGAUUGGUGACGUCGCUCAAAGAAACCGCAAUCCAGAAAUUGGCUUUAUGACAAAGAGUUGGGAUCAACCAAAGUUUUUGUAGAUGUAUGCUGUGCAUCAGAAUGAUGAAUGUAGUCUUAUCUGUAUUCUGUGCCCUCUGAUUGCCUUUAUUGGCUUUCUGGCUGUUGUAAUGUUCUCGGUUUGCAUCAAUCGAUGAUACGUGCUCGGUUCUGAAUGAGACUUGAAUGUGUUCAUAGCUGAUGCUCAACGCUAUCUUAUAGAACUCAUUCUUAAAUUAAUGGAGGAUGCGGUGUUAAGUUGAGAUCGUGAUGAUUGCUCGAGUUCAUUGGCCUAAACCAAAGUCUUGGUUGUCGACCAUUGACUCGCUUGCUCUCCCUUCCUCUGCCAUCAAUCCAUAUCAUCCCCAACUAGCUCGCCUUUCUCCUAGCUAUACUACUGCUAGUUUCUCUC